UAAUGUUUUUAUGUAAUUUAUUGUAAAAGUAUCUUGGUUUUGAUAUUUAAGUUCUAGAAUCAAGCGAAGUGUAUUUUAUUUUUUUCUUAAUUUUUCACUAAAAGGUCUUUACGAUAAGUAUUUAUGUACAAGAGUCUUAUGUUUCUUUGCCAGACAUAAUUAAAAAUUCGCUGUAGUUAUUUAAGACUAUUUUUUGUUAUUAUUGGAGACUUAAACAUACCUUAUGUUGCCACCGCUUAUGAAACAGUUUCUAGUGGCGGGCUCCACGCAUCUAGCAGCCUUUUCUGCAGGCGGCGUGGUCGGUUACCCCGGCGUGCUACUCCAUCAGUUGAAAGCCAAUGACAGCAUCAUUCAACUCGACUUGCACAAUGGAUCCUGGAUUGGUUCGGUUCACGGCAUAGCGGGAUUACCAAGUAUUUUUCUGCCAUUCCUCAUGCAAUACCGAGGCAGAAAAAUAGUCUUCAUGCUCAGCUGCAUCUUUAUAAUCAUGGGCUGGACAUUGACGUACACAGCUCAAGGUGUAAUGACCUUGAUCAUCGCGGAAUGCUUCCAUGGUUUAGGCACUAACAGCCUGUUAGCCGUUAGCUUCCUCAGCGUUUCUGAAAUGGUUCGACCCAAAUACAGAAACUUAUGUCUAGUACUCUACAGUACAUAUCAAAUUUUCGGCAUUUCUUUAGUGAGUAUUUUAGGGGGAUAUUUGCAUUGGAAGACGGUUGGAUUUGUCAUGGGAUCACCCGUCUUAUUAGCUUUAGUGUUAGGUUUUAUGUGGCCCGAAUCCCCAUCAUGGCUCGCAUAUAAAGGAAGACUGAGAGAAUGUGAAAUGGUUUUCAAAAGCUUGCGAGGUACUGACGAAGAAUCCAAAAUAGAAUUGAUGGCGCUUCUCAACUCUCCAGAAAUCAAUAAGCCAGCUCGAAGAAGGAAUUUCGAAGACUUAAAGACAAUGGUGACUAGUAGAACGUUUUAUUUACCAACUAUGCACACUUUCUUGUUAAUCAAUGUCUUGUAUUGGGGUGGGUGUAUGUCUGUUAUUGUGUAUGGAAAUGACAUGAUCGUCAAGACUUCGGGAAAGCAUAACGGACAGAUCAAACUCAUCAUGGACAUUAUGAUUUGUGUCGGGUACAACCUAUCAGCUGUUUUAGUCCGGUACUUCAGCAGCAAAAACGUUAUGUUGUUCAGUAUGUCAGGUUCAGCUGUUUUUAUGACGUCAGCGGGUAUUGUGACGUAUUUGCAGGAUCUUGGGUCAGUGUCAAAGGAUUCUGAAUUGGGCUCGUAUUUUUUAGUCGGUUUUACGACCUUUUUUAGUUUGGGAGCCGUUGGUAUUGGGUUUUCUACUGCAAGUGUGAUUAUUCCAGUCAAGUAUAGAGGUAUAUUGGGUUGUUUAUUUGUAAUUUUUACUUGCAUCCUCCACUCAUCUGCUUUGAAAGCUUACCCUUAUUUGUGUUUAUACAUUAAUAUAUGGGGUGUGUUUUUUAUUUACGCGGUCUAUUGGAUUUUUUCCAUAGUUUGUAUAUGGAUGUUUGUACCGGAUACUUCGAAUAGGACUUUAAAAGAAAUUGAAGAUUUUUAUGCGAAUGGUUAUUUUACGAAGAGGAACUUAGAAGAAACAGUAAAUGUACCUUUUAUGAAAUGAAAUAUGAAUUGUUUAAUUACAAUGGAGGGUGUAUUGUAUUUCCAUGGGCCUUGGUCUUAAAUCAUGUAUUACUUAGAGACGUGCUUGGAUAGUAUCUAAACAUGAACUAAAAACUGUUUGUUAUUAUUUAUUUAUGUUUUAAGAUUGGACUUGGAUUAGUUAUUUGAAUAAAAAAAUAAAGGUUAU